AUGCAGCUCCACGUCUCGCUCGCCGCCCUCGUAUCCGCCCUGCCGCUGCUGGCCUCAGCGCGCCUGGAAAAGCGGCAGAGCACCAGCCUCAACGCCCUCUUCGAGUCCAAGAGCAACAAGUACUUUGGUACCGCCUUUGACGUGGGCCUCCUCCAGCGCCCCCAGGAGGCCGUCACGGUCAAAAAGCAGUUUGGCAUGCUCACGCCCGAGAACAGCAUGAAGUGGCAGAGCAUCGAGCCCUCGCGAGGUCAAUUCAGCUUCGACCUCGCCGACCAGUUUGUGGCGUUCGCGCAAAAGAACGGCCUGCGCGCGCGCGGCCACACCCUCGUGUGGUACCAGCAGCUGUCGCCCUACGUCGAGAGCAUCACCGACAAGGGCGAGCUCAUCAAGGUCAUGCAGGAGCACAUCUCGACCGUCGCAGGGCGCUACAAGGGCCAGCUCUACGCGUGGGACGUCGUCAACGAGGCCUUCGAGGAGGACGGCUCUUUCCGCCGCAACCACUUUUACAACGUCCUCGGCGAACAGUACAUCCCCCUCGCCUUUCAGUAUGCCAAGCAGGCCGAUAGCAAGGCCAAGCUGUACAUCAACGACUACAACCUCGACUCGGCCACGUACGCCAAGACGACGGCGCUGAUCAGCAACGUCAAAAAGUGGAUCGCGCAGGGCGUGCCCAUCGACGGCAUCGGCUCGCAAAUGCACCUCUCGGCGUCGGGCUUCCCCUCGGCCUCGACGGUGGGUCCGGCCAUGAAGGCGCUGUGCGCCGCCGCGCCCGAGUGCGCCAUCACCGAGCUCGACAUCAAGCAGGCCGCGCCCAGCAGCUACGUCGCCGCCGUCGAGUCGUGCGCCGCCAUCCACAACUGCGUCGGCGUCACCGUCUGGGGCACCUCGGAUGCCGAUAGCUGGAGGGCCAGCGAUACCCCCCUCCUCUUUGACAAGGACUUCAAGCCCAAGCCCGCAUACGACGCCGUCGUCAAGGCUAUCCAGUCGUCGUAG